CGUGUACGAAGGAUUGUCCAACGGAGCAUGGAAGGAGUCGACGAUGGACCAGGCGCCCGAAGCUGUAAAAUACGCCAAUCAAACCAAAGCCAUCAUACCACAGAGGGAUACCAGGGGUUCCGUCCAAGGUGGUGUCGUCCAUCCUAGUGAAGGAGGAAGAGAGAGCCCUACAAGUUCAAAUCAAUGCCACGAGAUGACCAUGAUUUUCAUGGUAGAUUUGUCAAAUUCACACCAGGAAAGGACUGAACUGCAGAUUAUCACGAGACAUCUAGAAUUAUUUUUUGCAAACAAAUAAUGAAUGUUGCAACAUACACAGAGAUUAUGUAUAAUCUAUAAGGUUUAAUCAAAAGUAGACACAUUUGAAGCAGGGGUGCAAAACAUUUAGAGCCACAACAUCAAUGCUGUUUGGUGCAAAGAAUCCAGAAACAAAAUGAAGUAGUCAUCGCCAAGGCAAGCAACAAUACCACAGUAAA